AUAUACAAUUUUAAAUUUGUAUGGUUCCUAUUGAUCGACCUUACGGAAUAUUUAAUUCCACGCCACAAAAAGAUAUGUUUCACAAUGUCUUUGUUGCUUCUUUGGGUUCAUAUUUGUUAUUAGUGAGUAGAUAGGUCCCCGGUUUUAAUUAUACUCUUCACUUUAGCUUUGUUUUCUUCCUCCCUGAUGUGCACAGGCAGUCUUUCCCAAAGUUCAACAAUUCUGGUAAAAAUUGACUUCUUGUUUGCUUGGGGAGGGUAGGCUCUGGACGAUCUUUGGCGCAUGUACUUUUCACCCAAAAAAGUGAGACACUUGCAUGAGACGGGUGAGACAACUGCGUGAGACUCAUGAGAUGAAUACAGGCAACCUUUAUAAGACGAGUGAAUUGCUUGAGGAUGACAUAUCUCUCUGGCCCCUCAAUUUGUGGACGUGACAAAUUAUUCAGUUUGGGAGAGGCGUAUUUCGGAUUUGGUGAUUGCGAAGAAGGUUGGUACCUUCUUAAGCUUAUCCAUGAUCACAAACUUGGAGAAUUUGCUGGGAAUCAUGGGCGGACUAGCAAGCGAACUCAAGCUAUCCAGGAUGAGGUGGCAAAAAAAUUCUCAGCCGUUUCUACCAAACCUUUCACCAAGGCUCAAAUCCAAACCAAAUGGAGGAAUAUGGCUUAUCGUGCAAGACGGAAAUUUUCCCAAGCCAAGGCGAUCAUGUUUAAGACUGGCGGUGGUCCCAAGCCCAAAGAUGCCGAAAUUGAUGACUUGAGUCAAGAAAUUGUCGACGCUACUGGAAGGACCUUCACCAUACCCAACCCUUAUGAUUGUGGAGAGGGAGAUAACUCUGGACGGGACAAUUUGAUGGAUGAACGAGGGAGUGAAAGUGAGAUUACCCACAACGAAGGAGCCAGAAGUGAUGCUCUUGCAUUGGAACCGGCUGGAGACUCUCCUAGCGUUCUCCCUGUGGUUCAUGGUCUUACUAGCCUUUCUGUUUCCGGACGUGCCAAUUCAUCACGACUGAAACAUUGCACCCAAGAGACAGCAGGAGGGGAAGAGGUCCAGAACUUUGUAAGAACAGCCAAGGCAUGCAGGGUGGAAGAAUCUGAGAGCAAGAGAGAACUGUAUAGACUCUCCAUCUUGGAAAAAGAGGCAUAGCUCAAAUCACUCAAGCGUGACAUUGAAGAAUCCCAAUUGGAAUCUGAGACCGAAAGGUAGAAAGAAGUUGAUGUCCAUCCAACAAGAAGAUGCAACAUUCAAGGCCAAGAUUGUCAAGCUUGAAUUUGCUGCCAAAAAGACGGAGAUUCAAAG